AUGGUGGUGGUAAGUUGUCAGGUGCGGCACGACCAAGGAACGAAGCGCUGCAGAGGUCCAAAAGCUUGCAGGAAGUGGUUGCUUUUCCCUUGCCUCCUCCACAACCAGUCAGGCGCUAUGGAGGACUAUGAGCAGUUCUCGCGAGAGGAGCACUCCCCUCGGAAGGUUCGCAAGUCAGUCGCACAGAAGCUCCACCUCGCCCCCCCUGAUCAAAUUAAGCAUGAGCGAACUCACGAGUACGCCGGCGCUGCUACCCAGGCGGUAAUCAGGCAGGUCUUUGAUGCCUUGGGGGGGGAUGAAGGGCUCAAGAUCGUUCAGAAUCUGGUCAAGGGCCAGGCCAAAAUUGUCGCUGAAGAGGCGCGCACUUCAGCGGGUCUUCUCACUUCCCACGUCUCUGCGAGGCAAGCCACCAUCGGCACCUAUGAUGCGCUUGAGGAGAAGUGGAAGCAAUUCGUGAAGCGCCAGCCGUGGUAUCUUCAAUCGGCCAUGCUGGCUGCGGGGGGGUUCUUUGGGCUGCUGGCAUUGGGUUUGAUGCUUUCGCUGUGGCGUUUCGUCCUCUUUGGCCUUGGUCCCGUCUACCGGAAUUGACACCGAAGCACUUUGGAGAGCCGGCGUUGCUAUGUUCAAAUGGGUCAGUCAUUUCUUAGUCACUCGCUUCUCGGCGAUCAUAGGGCGGACAUUAGUUAGCCUGGUCGUUGCUGCCGGCACUGUAUAUGUUGGCCUUUGUGGUCCCUGCCAUGCUGAAAUCGACGAGGUGGAACCAAGAGUUAUGGUACUGUAAGGUUUACUGGCAUAGCAACUCACGCAGGGUCAUAGGCGACCCGGUUGACACAUUGACAGUCUCGUACACUCAGGGCUAUUAAGCACGCAGAACGUCGGGUACAGAUGGAUAAAAGACAACUUAUUGUAGCGCAUAACCAGCAGCUAUUGCCUCUUGUAACUCUAGAGCAUAUAAAGAUACUGCUAGAGGUGGGCAUAGGUGGCGCAGCGCAGCUAAGCUAGUGCAAUCAAAGGCAGUGGCAUAGAGCCUUGCAGAUUGAGUAACAUUGUUGGAUAACUUUGGCACGCAUUGCAUGCACCUGAUAUCUCAGUUUUCUACGGUUUCCUACAAUA